CUACAACUAAAAUGUUUACGUGGCGUUGACGCUGACUUAGAAAUUACAUGAUGUACUUAAAAAAAAACGCGUAUUCUUUACUUCUCCUUCUCCACUAUAAAACACGAACCUAGUACACUUCUCUCUACCUCACAUACACAGUAAAACAAUGGCGAAUUACGCUAAAACCACGUUACGAAGUGACCAAUUUGCCCUUUUCAUCACUACUCUUUUUUUUCUGGUCCUAACCGUUUCCAAAACGGUCACCUCUCAGAACUGCGGCUGCGCCUCUGACUUCUGCUGCAGCUCAGCCGGUUACUGUGGUACGACCGACGAAUACUGCGGCGUGGGAUGCCAACAAGGACCUUGCCGGAGCGGUGGUGGCGGAGACCCUGCUGUUUCGCUUGAAGGAACCGUGACACCUGAGUUCUUUAACUCUAUAAUAAACCAAGCAGCAGGUAGUGAUUGCGCAGGUAAAGGAUUCUACACUCGCGACACCUUCAUCGCUGCGGCUAAUUCGUAUCCUAGCUUCGGUUCUUCCAUCUCCAAACGCGAAAUCGCUGCUUUCUUCGCUCACGUCUCCCAGGAAACAGGAUUCAUGUGCUCCAUUGAGGAAGUCGGUGGACCAGCCCAGGCCGCAGCCGGAGACUACUGUAACAUAACAAACACAGACUUCCCAUGUGCACCGGGAAAGGGCUACUAUGGUCGUGGUGCGAUCCAGCUCUCUUGGAACUACAACUAUGGUCCCUGUGGCAGAGACCUGAAAGAGGACUUAUUGGCUUCACCAGAGAAAGUGGCUCAAGACCAGGUUCUUGCCUUCAAGACCGCUUUCUGGUUCUGGACCACUAAUGUUCGCACGAGCUUUAGAUCGGGCUUUGGCGCCACGAUCAGGGCUGUGAAUAGUAGGGAAUGUAGCGGAGGAGAUUCUACAGAGAAAGCCGCCAACAGGAUUAAGUACUUCCAAGACUUGUGUCGCAAGCUUGGAGUUGAACCUGGGAAUGACCUCUCUUGUUAAGGUUUUCUCUCUAUCCAUCCGAAACAACCAAUGUUCGCAAUAUAAGAAUAAGAGAUCACAUACGAGAGAGUAUCAUGUUACGUACUAUACUCUAUAGUCUAUACUACUGUUGUUGUAAUAAUGUAGCGAAAUGAUCUUCAUUUAUGCAUAGGCACGACGGACUUUAGAACAUAUUUAUCAUCUUUCCCGCGGUUAAAUAUCUUACCCUAAACUUUAAAAAUUUAUGAAUUAGGGUUACUAUCUCUUUAAAGGAGAAAAAAUUGUUUGACCAAUGUUUACCAAUCACAGCCAAAGG